UUUUUUUUUUUUACUUUUGAUUUUUCCAAAAAAGGAUAUAUUGUAAAUCAUCAUCUCCACACACAGUAAAUGUUUGUUCAUGUCGAAACAAUAUCAGUUAUCUAUUGUAUCCUUGGUGGAUUUAUCCUUUUAUAUGGAUUAUGUUCAUUGGUGGUCAAGGAGCGACUCUAUAUAUCCGAAGCCAUGGUGGCGGUAACCAUUGGUGUGAUUUUUGGUCCUGCCUGUGCCAACUUCAUCAAUAUUGGGGAAUGGGGUGGUGAUCAAGUAGAAUUAACUCGACAAUUUUCUCGUUUGACGAUUGGGAUUCAAGUCAUGGCGGCUGGUGUAUGUUUACCAAAGGCAUACUUGCGAAAGGAAUUACGAUCUAUGACGAUCAUGCUUUUACCGGUGAUGAUCACCAUGUGGCUCGUUAGCGGUUUAUGCGUCUGGGCGAUGAUACCUAAUUUAGACUAUUUACAAUCUUUAAUGAUAGCUGCAUGUUUUACUCCAACUGAUCCUAUUUUGGCAAACUCUAUUGUUCAGGGUAAAUUUGCAGAACGCCGUGUCCCUUUGAAUGUACGAAACUUGAUUCUAGCUGAAAGUGGUGCCAAUGAUGGUCUAGGAUUUCCUUUCCUUUACCUUGCCAUUUACCUGAUCCAAAUGCCAGCUGGCGAGGCUAUUGGUCAAUGGGCUUAUUAUAUCUUGGCUUACGAAAUUCUUCUUUCCAUUAUUAUUGGAUUUGUUGCUGGAUACAUCGCAAGGAAGCUGUUGAAAACAGCUGAAAAAAGAAAAUUAAUCGAUAAAGAAUCUUUUCUGGUAUAUGCUGUGGCUCUUUCGUUAUUCUUGAUGGGAACUGUAUCGAUGGUUGGAAGUGAUGAUUUGUUGGCAUGUUUUAUUGCGGGAAACUCAUUUACAUGGGAUGAUUGGUUCAGAAAAGAAACAGUGGAUGCCCAUAUGUCUGAAGUUAUCGAUCUCUUACUCAAUCUCACUAUGUUUGUAUAUAUCGGUGCUACUAUGCCUUGGUCCUCCUUUGAAAAUGUAGAACUUCAACUGACAGUCUGGCGGCUUAUUGUACUUGCGAUUCUAGUUCUCUUAUUUCGUCGAUUACCUAUUGUUGUUGCAUUAUACAAGGUAGUACCCGCAUUACGUACCUGGCGUGAAGCUUUAUUUUGUGGAUGGUUUGGUCCUAUUGGUGUGGGAGCACUUUUUUAUUAUACAGAAGCAGUGGAUAAUUUUCCAGUAGAUGGUCCACAAGCGCAUGCAAGAAGUGUUGUUGAACCUGUGGUGUAUUUCUUGAUCUUAUCCUCAGUGAUUGUCCAUGGUAUCACGAUUCCUCUAUUCCAUAUUGGUACAUUUGCAAGCAGAACUUUGACUAGAACAUCUGUCUCAUCUAGUAGCAAUGGCACGAUUCAAGUAUUACGUCUUCCUCGAUUCAGAUCUAUUAGUCAAGAAACUUCUCAUCAACAAUAUUAUCCAUCAAGUUCAUUGGAUCAAAAGGAUACCACUCCUGCUAUCGAUAGUCGUGAUGAUACUGUCACGUCACCUGAACCUGCUUUGACCGCCACUCCACCUCGCCAAACUGCCAUUACGAUUGUCAUACCAGAUCAACAUCAACAUCAUCAAAACAACGUUGUCGAAAGGACAGAUGACAAUAAGAAUACAAAAUCGACAGAACAACAACAACAAAAACGUCAGCAAUUGAUUGAUGAUGAAGAUGAUGUUGAUGAUGAUAUCAUUUGAUAGAAUUUGUCUUAUAUAUAUAUAUUUAUUUUUAGAUUAUCAUUGUGUUGUAUACCUUUUUAUACCAAUAAAAAUUAUAUACUUUAUGUUAUUUGCUUUUA